CCGCCGCCGCCGCCCUCGCCCGCCUCGCCGCCAGAGCUCCUUCUGCCUUUUCGUCAUCCGGGAUCCACCGCCAUAUUUCUAUUUUUGCAUCAGUGUCCGUUGUUUAUGUGACUUUAUUUGCCGACGUUUCUGCGAUGCUCGCACUUUUCUUCGUUCGUGUUUAGAGUAGAGACUUGUGUGGUGUGAAAGAGAGACUUUAGUGUUAUUAUUUAAGUCUGUUUUAGUAUAUUAUUGCGUGGUUACAGCUGCUGUCGCCGCCGACUUCCAGCCUUGCAUUUCCAGUCAUGUCAACGAAAGCCAAACAAGAGUGGGAUCGUGCCAGUGAUGGGACGAAUGGUGAAAGUCCUGAUAUGUCUAGUCAGCAGCACGAGGAUGGUGGAGAGGGAAGCAGUGUUGGUGGAGGUCGGGAUUCCUCCUCUCCUUCUUCAAAGCCAGAAGAGGGAGAUGCCACGACUUCCACCACAGCCUCUAGUGUUGGAGGCUCCCAGGGAGGGACUGCACCGCCUUCCAAAGCCUCUUCGCCACAAAACCUGCCUCAGUGGCAGUAUUCCAGGGAUGAACUUCUUGACCUUAAAGUGGCCCCAUUGUCAAUGGCAUGGCCAUCUUGCUUGGAUCCUGCCUAUAAUAAAUCUCCUGGAAGAUGGGAUCCAGAAAGAUGGAUUCGGGCAGUGCAUGACGCGGCUCGUCCGUCCAGCACAGCUUCCACUGGCUCUGCAGCUACUAAUAAUAGACCUGAUCGCCCGCCUGAUCUCGAGCUGAAACGUAGCCGCGACCCUCGAGAGAGAGUGAAGCAAGAGGAGCAAGAUGGAGUAGUGUUGUCUCCUCAACGUCGAAGCUUCAGUACAGGGUGUCAUGGCCUGCAGCAAGGCUCAUCAACCAGCAAUCGUCCAGACUCUCCUGCAGAACGCACACAUCCACAACGGGAGUCACACAGGGAGAUUCCAGCUCGUAGGAUAGGCUCAGGGCGAAUUUCUCGUCGAGAUGACCUGGAAGCUCCUGUUGGUGGUGAUCGCAGGGAUUUGGGUAGGAGAGACCGGGACUUGGAUCGAGAACGGGACAGGGACAGGGAAAGAGACAGGGAUAUUGAUCAGCGUCGUGAUACCAGGGAUUGGAGAGCGAAGCCUGAUCAGCGAUUUGAUAGAGAUGACAGGUACGACAACAGGCGCCGUUUCUUUGAAGAUGAUGAAACUGAUAAACGUCCUGAUCGUCGUGAUAGAGACCGAGACAGGGAUCGUCGCAAUCAGGAUCGCCGUAGGAUGUCUCGUAAUGAUGAAGAAGAACAGCCAGAAUGGUUCACUGGAGGGCCCACUAGCCAAAAUGAAUUCAUUGAGCUGGUUGGCUUUGAUGAUAUACCAGAGGAGGGAAAUCAGUGCAACAAACCUCAAAGCAAACGGGAGCGCCGACGUUCGAAAAAGGACAAGGAAGGAGGAGGAAGCCGAAAGGGAUCACGUAGCAGUACUCCUGUCAUUGUUGAGGAAGGAAUGAACAACAAAGCUUCAAAACAAAUGGAUCAUCAAGACGAACUUUCAAAAGAUGCACCUCAUCAAAGAAUGCAGCCAACUGUUGUUGAGCCAGCAGGUGAAGAGGAUGCACCUAGUUUCAACAUCGAUGAUUUCCUCGGAGACAUCAUAGGGUUUCCUGCUGGUCAUGAUGACAUUAUGGCUAGCAACAAUGCUAGUGGAGGAGGUGGAGGUUCUUCAAGACUGAAGCAGUUCUUCUCGAAAAGAGAUUCUCCUAUCUUGGGUUCUACCUCGAAUUCCCGGCGUUCCUCAAUUGAUAUUCCUCCCCAUCUAAAUAAUCUUCUUAGUGAAAUCACGGGUAGCGAACCAAACAUUGUGAUCCCCUCGCCCACGGCAGGCCUCGACUCGAACCGCUUCUUUGCGCCAAUAUCCCCGGCUGACAAGACUGGUGGCAACUCCAUAGUGGACCUCCUGCAGCAAGCUAGUGGGGUAAUGGGUGGACCAGAAUCAAUGGGGCCGCCUCUACCUGUAGUUCCUCCAGGCUUACAAGGGCCACAGCAGCCACCGUCGAUUAAGGAUCUCAUGAUGGAUGGGAAAGGACAGAGCUUGGAGGAAGUUGAAGCUGGAAUAAGGAAUAUGCGUCAACCUCUAAAUCAUCCCAGUCAGAUGGGACGUAACCAUCACAAUGCAAAUCAGAUGACUGCAUUCAAUGACUUCCUCUCACAGGUCACUACAACUCAGGGUUCCAGCAGAGCAGAGCACAAGAAUUACUCCAAGGAAAAUGUGUUGAUGAAGUUAUUGAAUGGAGGAAUGAAAGAAGGUGGAGACAAGCCAGCCUCCAUGUCACUACAGCCAGCUCUACCUAACGCUCCUACUGAAAAUGAUCUCAUUGCUAUGUUUAUGAAAGGUAAUGCUGGUAGUCCUGGGCAGCAACAGAGUCAGCCACCACCACAUCAGCAACCAAGGAAUAUGCCUCCCCUAUCUGUACCUAACCUUAGUGUGCCACCUCCAAGCAUGGUACCACAUACACAGCCACCACCUAGUAUGCAACAGAUGCCUGGGCAGGGACCACCAACUCAAGAUGUUAUCUUGAAAUUGUUCCAAGCCCAACAGCAGCAACAACAGCAACAGCAGCAACAACAGAAGAGACAGCAGCUCCUGCAACAGACCCUUCAGCAGCAACAGCAGCAGCAACAACAGCAACAGCAGCAGCAACAACAGCAACAGCAGCAGCAGCAACAACUUGACCCAAUCAAACAGCUCAUGGGUGGUCUUGGCCGUAUGAGUGUUAGCCCCUCACCUCAGCCUCAGGACCAGGUUCUGCGUGAUGCUUUACUGCGGCCAGAUGUGCAGAGUCUGUUGCAGAAGGUAGCUAAUGGGCAAGUAACAGCUGGUCAACUACUUAAUCAGUUGUCAAGUGGAACAGUAACCCCUACCCAGCGAGAUGCCAUUUUUACUGUCUUGAAAUUUCUUAAAGGACAGCAGACCCAACCCAUCAUGCCUCACCGUGCCACUCUCACUCCCUCUCCAACUCCUCAGGCAGUGGUAAGUGGGGGCUUAUCUCUAAGUGGCAAUACAUCAUUGUCACCACGAGUAGCCUCCCCCAACCCUGAUGCUUCCAACAUGCUCAAUCCUCACAUGCUGCAACAGUCUCGCCUUUCCCCACUUAUGUUUACUGGAGGAUCCCUUGGGAAUAACCUCAGUGUCAGCAAUGUUGGAGGUGCCCCUCGCCGACCUCCUUCACAUCAGGAACUUGUUGUAUAUACACAGAGCAUCAUGCAAAAAGCACUUCUGAAACAAGAACUGGAGAAAGCUAAGGAGAAACAUCGCAAGCGUGAAGCUGAAAGGGCACGAUCUCCCAACCCAGUAGGGGCAAGUGGAGUUGGAUCAAUGUCUGCUGCUUCUAAGGAUGGUUCACCUAUUAAAUCUGGUGCUAAGUCACAGUCACCACUAGCAUUCACUCCAACCUCUGUUAUGAGGAAGAUGACAGCUGACCGUGACCGUCAUGAUCGAUCAGACAAACCUGAAAGUCCUAGUAUUGUUGGAGAUCUCCUGAAAGACUCGGAAAAGAACCGUGACCAGAUGGAGAAACGUAAUGCAGCUAUGCAACUUCAGAAUCCUCUGCAACAGCAACAAGUUUUAGGUCGAGGGAAGGUUGACAAUAAACGUGAUAUGCGUCGUGGUGCCUCUCCAUUGCCUCCUGGUGGUCCCAUGAUGAGUGGAAAAGGGCCCAUGAUGAUGGGAGGUGGUGGCCCAGGCAUGAUGAACAUGACGCCACAUAACAUGGGUCCUCCUAGCCAGCGACAUCCUUCUUCAUCCUUGCAACCGCCAAACUUAGGUCUGUCUCGGGGAAAUCAGCAAAACCUUAACAAUAUAAGAGCUCUGCAAGCAGCACAAGCACAGGCAGUCUUGACACAGCAGCUGAUGAGAGGCCAGGCUCCCCCUGCAGGUAACCUGGGACCCCCACACCACAGACUGACCAACGCCAACCCCCCUGGUCCCCUCCACCAGCUCCUGCUCAAUAACAACACCCCUGCCACCUCCUUGCACCACCACAAACCAGAUGGUGGACUGCAUGUCCCCUUGAUGUCUAUGGGUGGCACUUCACACCGAAGCUCUCCUGUUAAUAACUUGUUACAAUUCUUUAAUCGAGAUAUCAUGGCACAG